UUGAAUUGAGUUUUACUAACUUGAGUUUGCAUUGCUGGGGUAAAUGUAAACAAAAAUUUUUAUGUGUGUUCUUCAGAUGUGUUGGCAAGCCAAGAACAACAGAUGAAUGAGAUAGUUACAAUUGAUCAGCCUGUGCAAAUUAUUCCAGCAUCAGUGCAGUCUGCUACACCAACUACCAUUAAAGUUAUAAAUAGUAGUGCAAAGGCAGCUAAAGUACAAAGAGCUCCAAGGAUUUCAGGAGAAGAUAGAAGUUCACCUGGGAACAGAACAGGAAACAAUGGUCAAAUCCAACUGUGGCAGUUUUUGCUAGAACUUCUGACUGACAAGGAUGCUCGAGACUGCAUUUCUUGGGUCGGUGAUGAAGGCGAGUUUAAGCUAAAUCAGCCUGAACUAGUUGCACAAAAAUGGGGACAACGUAAAAAUAAGCCUACAAUGAACUAUGAGAAACUCAGUCGUGCAUUAAGGUAUUAUUAUGAUGGGGACAUGAUUUGUAAAGUUCAAGGCAAGAGAUUUGUGUACAAGUUUGUCUGUGACUUGAAGACACUUAUUGGAUACAGUGCAGCAGAGUUGAACCGUUUGGUCACAGAAUGUGAACAGAAGAAACUUGCAAAGAUGCAGCUCCAUGGGAUUGCCCAGCCGGUCACAGCAGUAGCCCUGGCCACUGCUUCCCUGCAGACGGAAAAGGAGAAUUGAGCCCAGGAUCUUCUGGGAGCCCGAGGUCUUUCUUAAAUAUUAGAGCAAGUAUUGCUCUUCCUUUAUUACUGAAUUUGAAUCUUCUUUUAUUUCUAGACUGUACAAUCUGACGCAUGAUUUUUUUAUAAAUAUUUCAUACUCUUGUGAAUUUGGAUCUUUUUACUUUGAGCAUAUAUUUUAGAAUACGUGUAUGUUAAGGAUCACCACAAUGUCUUCAGCACGAAGUCAGGUUCAUUGUGGGAUAGUUUGUUAACAGUCAGGAAAGCUAAACUGGUCAGUAUUAAUGUCUAGCCCUACCAAAAAUAGCCAGUAGCAUCUGAGGAUGAAAAAUAAAUGAAGUAUCUCCAGGAAACAGUCUGGCUUAACUAUUUUUGAAAAUAUAACUGUUUCCCUUCUCUGCUGCUUUAGAUGUUGCUUUACAUAGAACCAGAAAAUGGAAUUUUUCAUAGCUAAAGCAUGUGUGCCUGUUUCAUCUAAUCAAGCAGAGCUAAAAUAUUCAUAUCGAAUAAAAUUAUAAUAUUAAUAAAUUACUAAACUGAGAGUAUCAAGUUAUUAAAAUAAUUUAUAUAUUUGCAAGCAAGGACAAUAAGAAGUCGACUGGCAGAAGAGCAUUGCUGCAGAAGGAGAUCCAGGUUGAAAUCUGGCUUAACUCAAGCUAAUUUUAAGGAUUUUCUGUAUAGAUUAUUCAUAAUGUCAGGCCAAGAAUUUAAAUUAUUUUAAGAGAGGCAUUUAAUUCUAAUAAACCAACUAUUAAAAAAAUUCUGAAAUGAUCUCUCUUUUUCCUGUCAGAGAUUUAAAAAACUGAAAAAGUAUAUACCUCAGCCAGAAAAUAAAAGUUUGGUUUAGUUUGGUUUGGUAUGGCUUGCUUCCUUUCUUUUUUAAAAUUGUCCUAUAUUGCCAGUGUAUUGUGCAAAAGCAUAAUAGUCAUUGUGUUUCUGAUGAAAUGAAGACUUUAAAUCAGUAAACAGUACUUUACCUUUCAAGACAAGAGCAAAUUACUUGCCAGUAGUUUUAAAAAGAAAUUCUCCAGUAUAGGCAGUCUUCUCUCAAAACAAAAUUUCCCAUUUACUUAAUUUCUUCCUUUUGAAUAUUAUAUAUGUGUGAGUAUAAAUAUCUUUGUACAUGUCCAGUUGACCACUAUACACAUAUAUAUGAAGAUAUAAUGGUAGUCAAAAGGAAAGAUGUAUUAAAACAUAAUAACUCAUUUAAAAAAUGUUUUAAUUAUAUGAUUCUCAUAUAUGAAACUCUUAUCACCAG